AUGCCUGUGGUGUCUGCGCAAGAGCGUGAUGUCGUCGAGGCUAGUUCGCGUGAGGCGACGCAUUCAGGGUACGUCUUGCGGGCCAGUGGAGAGCUUUCUUCGACCGCCGCUGAGUCGAGUUCCGCUCCGGAGGUACCUCGAACGCCUUCCGGAGCGGCUGGCUGCACCGCACUGCUUUCUGCUACCUUGACACCUACGGGGUCUCGAAGCAACGACUCGGGUAACGCGGAGACCUCGACAAGAAGCGCGCUGGGCACUGCAGUAGGUGUUGUUCGUGUUGCUGGCGCCCCUGCUCGUCCACCUUCUACGACUACGACUGUUACUGCUACUGCUGCUACUGCCGCUACUGCUGCUACUGCUGCUACUGCUGCUACUGCCGCUACUGCUGCUACUGCCGCUACUGCUGCUACUGCCGCUACUGCUGCUACUGCCGCUACUGCUGCUACUGCCGCUACUGCUGCUACUGCUGCUACUGCUGCUACUGCUGCGUCAUCGCCUCAGCCGAGCACCUCAGGGUCUGGAGGAGCCCCUGUCACAGAACCGAGUCGCCCGCGCUCGCAGCGUCUCUCGUGGUUCACCAUCGCUCGUCGACUCUUAUCGCACGGAGGGAAGAAACUCGAACUCGCCAGUUUCUUGAAUGCGCUGCUUUUCCUCGGCCUCUUGACCAACUUGCACCUGACAUAUGUGAAUCGAGCGGGCUGUGCCCCGACCCUAUUGGAGCAAAUGGCUCAGUUCCACCCGGAAGCACGACACGAUCCGGCUCUGCUCCUGCGCCGCUACGACCUCGUCCAAGUACAAGUAGUGCCGACGCCACUCCCGCUGCAACACUUUCACAACACCUGGUCUGGCCUGCAGCCACUGUGGGAGCGGUUGUUGCCUCGUCCGCAACGGUACCAGUUCGCUACAGAAAAGGGAUUUUUGCUACUAAGUGAACAGGCCAGACGAAGCCACAACAUCUCCGAGUUGCAUCUGGAGCUGACGACGAAAGAUACGUGCUAUGGUGCGUCACCAUUCAUGCGCGGUAUUCUCAAGUACAUUGUCGGUAGUGAAACCGUCGUUCUGAACGCUUUUGCGUAUCUGCUGCAGUAUGGCCUCCGACACGGCCACAGUAGUGGUCAGCGGUCGCUCGGCACGGAUGGGUACGUGCUCAACGUGCAGAGCGGUGAUAUCUAUAACAUCGGUCGGGUAUUUAUCGGGGAACUAUACGCGCGCUCCGCUUACUUUACCGAUGUCUUUCUGUUGAAAACGGGCGUGUUACUAACGUCAGCAUAUGUGAUGUUCACCAUAGGUGCACUGAUCGCGUUUGCGUUACGGGAAGUGCAGUCAAGGAUCAUGAAGUUAGCACUGGAGAUCCAGAAUGCUCGGAAUCGCACGCCAUAUGCCGGAGCGCUGUUUAGCAGUUCGAUUCAUGCGCUGGUGCUGGUUCCGAUUAUUACAGGUAUCCUUUUCUUUCUUUUUGAAUUCUUCGAUAAUCAGCUGCUUGCGUUUUGCGUGCUCGUUGUCGCAUGGAUUGCGGAGGUGACGGUCAUGUUGGGCUGGCGGAGCGGCCUCUCGAUCUACAUCCUUCCGCGGGCGUUUGCAGCGUACUUGUUAGCAUUUCAUAUUUACUUUUUCUCGUUUCCCCUGGGUUUUAGCUGGUUAGCGCUCUUCACCUGUGCCGCGUUCAUGCAGCACACUGUUUUUCUGGUUUUCUCUCGGUUCGAGUCACCGCGGCUUCGCGCUGAGGCAACAACGCAGCGAUGA